ACUUUAUUAGGUCCAUUAUAUGUACUACAACAAAACAAUAUGAAUCUAAAAAUUUAGUCUCUUAGUAUUUCAUCCGAAUGGGGUGUUGUUCAUUUAGAUUGCAUUCAGCCUGAAUGACAUAGGUAUUUAUUGAUGUUUAAAAUAAAUGUUCUAUAUCUUUAAUUAUAAAAAAAUGUUUUUUAUGCGAUAAUCGAACCUGCUGCCUUUCAUUGAAAUAAAAAACCACAGUCCGCAAGUAUUACGUUAAUGCAUAAUGUACCAAAUAUAAACCAACAGUAAAAGGAAUAUUUCUGCAUGUUGGCUCAUAUUUAGUCCAAACCUUAAAAUAACAUUUUCGCAGAGUAAAAUCAUAAAAAUACAGAAAACCUUACCUUGUCCAGAUAAAUUGUAAUAUUUCACCAACGUUACGUAUUUUUACUAAUAGAAAUUGGGAUGAUAACUAUUUUUAAACGAAUUUUAAAAAGACACUUACGCGGGGCACCGGUCGAAAUAUGUCCUUCUAACUUGCAACUCAUUUUUAGUACAGCUAUUUACUCAAAGAUGGUGUUGUUAGUAUUUAGUAUGGAAGCGUAUGUACCGUUUAUGAUCCUUCUUGUAGAAAACGAAGUUUUAUUUAUUCAAACAGAAAAUAUUGAUCAAAGAACGGUGUGGAUCAUAUUUGUACCAAAAUGCAGGAAGGGGUUAAAGAAUUGUAUUCAUUGCUGCUGUUACUUCUGAGUAAUUACGAGUCGUGCCGCCAUUGCAAUCGGAAAGCAGUUAAUAAUUUGAUUAUUGUGAACGAAUGCUGCCAAAUAUGUUAUGAAAGGGUGACAAGACAAGCAAGUUCUGGAAGUCGGGCUGGUGUCCAAAGGCAUUCUAAUUCUGUGGGUCCAUAUUACGGUGAAUACAAAUGUAGGAGUUGCGGGCGAUACUGGAAUAGCAGACUUUGUUGGCCUAAAUCAUACCAAAUGUGUAAGAGGUGCAAAAUACCAGUCUACGCAUACAAAUUCAGAGAAUUACAUGAUUCAGAUCUAUCUAAAAAGGAGGAUAAAGAGCAUGAAAGUGAUUUAUGCCAAAAAUGCAAAGAAUUGGGUCAUUAUUGUAGACUCACUCGCAACAAAGGAAAAUCCUACAAGAAUUUCUAAACGAGAGAAACCACUUUAUAUAACAAAAAAUAUUUAAUCAAUACAAAAAAUAUGUUUAUUAAUAAAAUCUGAAAAUUU